UCGUAUUUCUGAAUAAAUAUACUAUGAUCCACAAAUAAAUAUAGAGAGUUUCAUAAAUAUUUUUUAAAUCCACAAAUGCACAAUAAGCGAACCAUAAAUAUAUGUUAGACAUUUCAUAAAAAGGAAGGAAAUUCACAAAUAAAUAAAAUGGGAUUUGCAAAUGAAUUUUUUUUAUAAAUAUAUAUUUGUAUUUUAUUUGUAUGUGAAUGGCUUCCUGCGCAUUUGUGGAUUGCUUUCUGUGCAUUUGUGAAUCGCUGCACACAUUUGUGGAUCGCUUUCUGUGCAUUUGUGAAUUGCUGCACUCAUUUGUGGAUCGCGUUCUGUGCAUUUGUGGAUUUGAAACAUUUCUAACGUCAAGACGUGCACAAGAAUCCACAAAUAGGUGGACUCCGCCCACCGUCUACUCCAGCCAAUCAGACAACAAGCACACUGUGCUGACCAAUCGUGGCACGAUCUCCCUUCAACCAAUCAUAGAGUCUUUUCUAGAAACAUUGUGCAAAAGACCCAGACGGAGGAGGACUUUUAUUAUGACAGCGAGUAUCGCUCACUCAAAGCAAUGGCGGAAAAGCGCUAGUUUUGUACAAGUGUCUCGCUGUGUGAGGCAUGAAUCGUGUUGUUGUGGAGACAAUAGCACAAGAUUGUUACGCGGUGUGUUCAUGUGCGUCAUUAGAGAGCAUACCCUCAUCCUGUGCAGAGCUUCAUUAAAGGACUACUACCAAUAUUCACCAUUACCUUCAUCAACGACUGCUCUGCUAUCCAAGUUGUGCCUCUCAUUCAGAGUUCUGUGCGGUGUUACAGAUGAUCAACAAAAUGCCCUCUGGAAGGUCCUGAGCGGGGAAUUCUCUGAAGAAAAGGAUGCAUUUGUGUUCAUAUUUCAAGUUCAAGAGGAUAUUGAAUUUUUUUGUCAUACUGUGUUAAUGAACAAGGCCUGAAGGUCAAUGCCAUGUUUCUCAAUCAGCAAUUGCAGUAGACAGGAGUGAAUGAAUGAAAUGUGUAAUGAACUCAUUUAUUUAUGAAUCAAUAAUUUGAAGGAAUAAAUAAGCUAAUUCUUUGUGUAAGCUUAGAUGCAGACAUUUGUUAGAGUGUGCUGAAAUAAGUAGUACAGAUUUAUAUAGAACACAAUAUCUUAAGUAAAUUAAAUAUUAAAUGUAAACAAACACACACACACACAUCUGUAAUUUCUAAAUGGGGUGUACAUUUAAUUUUAAGUUAAGCCAAGCCAGAUUUAUUUAUAUAGUGUUUUUUUACAAAGUUGCAUUGCUUCAAAAACCAGGGAAAUUACUAAAUUAAUAGUAAAUAUAAUGGGUUAUAUAGUAUUAUUCCGAACUAUAGAUUAUAAUCUAAUAAAACAGUAUUUUGUUCUUCAACUAUUGAUAAUUUAGUCAAAUAAUAUAAAUAAUCAGGAACAGACCAAACUAUACAAGCCUUUCCAAUUUCCACCUCACAUUAAAAUGGAACCUUAAAAGGAUUAAAAUUACCUGAGAACAGGAGUUUGAUAUUACAUAAGGGAUUAGCAAAAUUGAAACCAAGACGUCUUUAAGAUUGUAGCCGAAUUAUUUCAAGAAAGGCUAUAUGCUAUAUUAACAGAAUUUACAAAAUGCUAAACUUAGUUACUAUUAGCCAGGAAACAAACCAACACGGCAACAGAAGGAACCAAAAUGCCACGUGUGAAGUAAACUACUGCUAAAAACCGGUUUUAAUCAAAUUAAUUUGACAAAUAUUAACCUUGACAUACCUUACCACAAAGUGUAUUAAGAGAAUCCCUAGUAAAGAAUUAUUGACAACUGUCAACAGUGCCCGUUCCUCAAUCGGAAGGCUGCAGCCUCCGGAGGUUGCAUAUGCAGGCUGCAUAAGUCAUCACGUCUGGUUAAUUUAAGUUAACUGAGCAUUACAUCCGCAAAUCAUAAGCAUUUUACAACAAUUAACGACUAACUAAGAAUAAUAGUCAACUUUAUAAUAGUUAAUUUUCUAAAAUGAUGAUGUAUGCAGCAUACAAAAGAUUGCCUGAUGAAAUUCAACUGUGUUCCCGACCUAACAGUAAAACAAAAUGUGAUUGGUUGGAGGGAAAUCUUGCCAGGAUUGGUCAGCACAGUGUGCUUGUUGUCUGAUUGGCUGUAGUAGACGGUGGGCGGAGUCCCCCUAUUUGUGGAUUCUUGUGCACGUCUUGACGUGAGAAAUGUUUCAAAUCCACAAAUGCACAGAACGCGAUCCACAAAUGAGUGCAGCAAUUCACAAAUGCACAGAAAGCGAUCCACAAAUGUGUGCAGCGAUUCACAAAUGCACAGAAAGCGAUCCACAAAUGCGCA